GCUGAAUCAGUAACGUAUGGUUAUUGACGCACACGUUCUAUUGUAGUGUUGGCUUUUGUUCAAGUUUCCAUGUUGUGACCGCGAGAACCUAACUGCAGAAGCCUGUGACCUGUUGACUCGUGCUUCCGCACAUAUUGAGACCAACAAGCCUAUAUCAUAAUACAGGAGCUUGGGAACUUUUUUAGUUGAUUUGACUACGCAUGUCAACACGCCGCACUUUCACUUUCAGACUCUCGUUCCCGGUUUUGAACUUGGCAUUCGGAGGGUAUACUAUACUUCGGAAUUUGUAUGUAACCAUGUCCAAGAAGCGCCACUGCUCAACAACUUGGCGCGCUUGACUUCACGCCAGGCAUGACUGCGUCAUCGCCAAGCAGGCAUAAGCAUGGAGGACGCCGCGCCCUAUUGGCGCAGAGUGGGCACUCCAUCCUGCAGCUCGGUGGGCCCGGUGACCUCGCGACGGGCAGCCCCCAGCUGUCCUCGGCACAAACCAGCCCGCAACCCCAGUAUGGCCCCAGGGCCGGAGCCGGAGCCAGCGUACACGGCGGAGCCGGGGGUGCUGGAGCAGGAGGAGGAGGAGGAGCGGGAGGGGGCGGGGGCGAGGGCAGCGGCGUGGGGGCUACGGCGCUGAGCACGUGCGUGUCGGGGGCGGCCUCGGGUACCUCCAGGUCGGAGGACCGGCGCGGGUGGCACCUGAAGCGCUCCUUGCACCGCAGCAACAAGUCCCUCAAGGGCCUCAUAGCGGCGGAGGCCGCCGCCGCCGCCGCCCGCGCCGCCCUCACCGCCGCCAUCGGCGCCGUCACCAGCCGCAACAGCAGCGCAGCCAACAGCCCGCUCCCGGGCGUCCACGGCGGUGCCGCCAGCACCUUCACCAGCCCCAUCCGCCGCCAGGACCUCAGGCUCCUCUCCAGCAUCAGCCUCACCGCUAGCACAGUGCCGCAGUCCAACGCCGCCUCCGUCGCCACCACCACCUUCGGCGGCUGCCUGGGGCCCUUCGACGACAGUGCUGACGUCGACGGCGACACGCCGGGGCCGGAUGACGGCCGCAGCUCGGCUGGCACGGACGCUGACGGCGGCGUGCGGCUGCGGCAGGCCCGAUGGAGCCUCGAGCUCGGGGGCCCGCCGCCGGCCCGACCCAAGGGCCGAGCAGGGGCUGCUGGGCACGUGUGCGGUGCGAGCUUGGAUGUCAACGUGGGUGCUGAUGAUGACGAUGACGGUAUUGACCUGGAUGACGAGGAGCGGGACACGUUUGGCAGUAGCAGCAAUUGCCCGUCGGCUGCGGCAGAGGGCGCCAUGCGGCGCACCGCCAACCUGGAUCGCUACAGCUCCGGUCGCACGCAGUCCACGUCUGUCAGCGGCUACAGCAAGCUGCUGAGCAGCCGCGUCAGCUCGGCAGGGCUGUCGCUGGGUCACACGCACUCGGUGGCCACGUCAGCCGGCGGCGUGUCGCUGGCGGCAACGUCGGGAUCCGUGAUGACGCUGGAUUCAGGGUACAGCGGCGGCAGUGGCGGCGGCGGCGGGCGCUACACGCUCCCUGGCGGCGCGCCGCCGCUGCGGCGCGGCGGGCUGAAGAAGGUGAGCACCAUUGGCAGCGGCACGGCGGCGGCGGCGCGGCGGCGCAGCCGCCGGGCCUCCGUCGACGCCGCGGCCGGCGCGAUGCUUAUGACUAGCCGCGCCGGCUCUGUCAUCUCACAAUGGCAGUCCGGCAAAGGAACCAGCAGCGGCGGCGGCGAUGGCGAUGGCGAUGGCGGCGGCAGUCAGACACUGCGCGUGCAGCGCAGUGUGCGCAUCGUGGAGCCGCGCGACAUCGAGGCGGCUGUAGCAGCUGCGGCGGCGGCGGCUGUAGCCGCGGCUGGCGUGGCCACGACGCCCGGCGGCGGGCCGCUGGUGCCCGUGUCAGCGUGGGCCGGCCCGCCGUCCGUCGGGGUGCGCUCCGCGCGGCCAUCAGAGAACGGCGCUGGCGGCGGGGAUGGCUUUGCGGCGGGCUUUGCGGCGGGCUGGGCGGCCUUUGCGGCGUCGCAGCAGGGGGCCGCCGCAUCGCGGCCCAUGACUGCCGCGUCGCGUCGGCGGCACUCCGGCGAGUCGGGGGAAGGAGCCGCAGGGGCGGCAGGGGCCAGGAGUGGGCAGGAGGAGGAGGGGGAGGGGCUGCGGGAGCUGCAGUUUGCGGGGAGUACGGCAAAGGCACGGUCCGCGGCACGCGUGGCGGCGCUCGUGGCGGCGGAUGACGUGCAGUACGAGUCGGCCGCCGGCGGCGGCGGUGCCGGCGGCAGCUCGGGCGGCAAAACAGUUGGCGGCGCCCGCCGUAUUCUGGCGCGGUUGGGGAAGUACCGCAUCAUUGGCUUUGGCGGUGGCGGCGGCGGUGGCGGCGACAGGUUGAGGCUGCGAGGCAUGCACCACAGCAUCGCCCCCGUCAAUGACGAUGACGAGUACAUGCAUCAGAACGCUGGCGGCGCCGCCAGCCGCAGCCAGUUUGGCGCCAACAAGAUGACGCCAGCGGCAGCGGCCGCAACGACCAAGGCGGCGGUGGCGGCGGCGGCGGUGCGCCGCAGCAGCACCACCGGCGCCGCGCCAGCGGCGCCCGGCACAAAGUCCGGUGGCGGCGGAGGCGGAGGCGGCGCUGCAGCAAGCGGCGGCGGUGGCGGCGGCGCGUUCAAGGCGGCGUGGCGGGCGCUGACGGACUUGGCGGCCAAGGCGGUGUCGUCGCUGUCGGGCAGCGGCGGCAGCCCACGGGCCAGCCGCGCCGGCAGCGGCGGCGGCGCCGCCGCCGCCGCCUGCGACGAGGAGGAGCCGGCGCCGCCCACCCGCUCGCGCGACAGCCACGCGCUGCACCGCCGGCGCAUGGGCAUUGACACCGCGCCCCGCGGCCGCGGCGGCGUUGGCGGCGGCCGCCGCAAGGUGCAUCCCCUUGGCGGCGGCGGAGGUGGCGGCGCCGCCGCCGCUGGCGGCAUCACCAGCCCACUACCUGCUGGUGGCGGCGGCGGUGGCGGCGGCGGCAUGGGCCUAUCGGCGGGCGCGGUGGCGGCCAUGGCGGCGGGCACCAUGCGUCAGAGCAGCGUCAUUCGCCUGGGGGCACUGGCGGCGCCGCCGCCGCAGCUGCCGGCGGCGGCCCUGGCUGGCGGCAGCACCGGUGCAGGGGACGACAACGACGACAACGACGACGACGAAUGGGAGGAGCAGGAGGACUGGGAGUCGGACUGGGCGUCGCGCGGCGUGCUGUCGAAUGCAGCGCUGCUCUCCGUGGCGGCGUCGGCGCCUUCCUCCAGCAGCCACCCGCUCACUGCGCGAGCGGGCGGCGGCGCCGCCGCCUCCGGUGCGGCCAGCAGCCAGGAGCAGGGGCAGGAGCAGGGGCAGCAGGAGCGGCCGUGGCACGCAAAGACGCCCAGCCGUGGUCUGAUCAAGGUGAAGAGCGCGCUGAGCAGCGCGCAGCGCACCGGCAGCAGCGGCGGAAGCAGCAGCCACAGUGGCGGGCGGCGGCUGCACCAUAUGACCACCGCAUCCCGCCGCGUGCGCAUCCUGUGCCCCUCGCCCACGCCGCCCUCGCACACCGCCCUGGCGGCGGCGGCGGCAGCGCGGCGGUCCGGUACUGGCGCCGGCGGCCCCGAUGCUCUGACGUCGCCUGGCGGCGAUGGCUGCGGCGAUGGGUGCUCUGACGUGUCGCCGUUUCUGGCGGCAGGCGCCGGUGGCGGCAGCGGCGGUAGUGCUGCUAAUGGCGGGCGCCGCCGCAGCAGCGCCGUGACCCUGAGUGCCGUCAGCGUCACGGAGCGCGCGUCGGCGGCGGCGUCGCCGCUGCCGGCAGCGCCCGCGCCGGCAGUUGUGGCAGGGCGAGGCCGGACGGCGCUGGUCGCGGCGUCCGCGGCGGCUGCCGGCAGUAAUGGCGCUAGUGGCGGCAGUGGCGGUGGCGCUGGCGGCGGCGGCGGCGGCGGCGGCGGCGGCGGCGGCGGCGGCGGCACCAGGAACUUCACAACACUGGAGUCGGCGAAAUCCACAUCGGCUGGUGGCGCCGCCCCUGCGGCAGCAGCGGCGGCGACUGCAGUGGAGUUGCCGCCGGCCGCGGCUGUUUACCGGCUCAGCUCUCCGGAGGUCAUGUCGCCGUUUCGGGGCGGCGGUGUAACUGCGGCUACUGCCAUUGCUGCUGCUCCGACUGCUGCUAAGGCCCACGCUGGCGGCCGCUGAGGUGCAUAGCAGCACCGUGACCGGCAGCGUGUUGGAGGCAGCCGCAAUCUCGGCCGGCUUGCGGGCUGGGGGCGCUUUGUUCUGGUUGCAUAGCAGCAGUGGGGUAAUGUGUCGCAGCACUGGAGGCCUGACUGAGGCUUGCAUUUGUGGUACUGAAGAGACGCAGUCACGACCACUGUCCUGCGGUACUAUAAUGGCUUGCUACUUCAAAAAACACAUACGUGGACACAUCUCGUUGCACUCUUACUACCCCUGGCCAGACCCCAUGCCCCAAAAUCCCCCGGGACCCCCCUUGAGGGGACGACCGACCCCCUCCACGGACAAAACCUUGUUAUUUAGGGGUUAAAACCCGUCCAAUUUAUACAGAAGUGGUGCCAAUCGACUCCUCUUGACGAGCACUAUCACGCUGUGCCAUCAGUGGUCCUGUUCUGAGACUCCUGUCACAGGCGGGAUCCUAUCCAUGGAAUGCCCAGUCGACGAGUAACACAUGAUAGUUUAUGACCCCGCUGCCGGGGGCGGUGCAGUGAAGUGCAGCAAGACGGGAGCACGGCUGAAGCCCUUCGCAUGAAACUUGGUGACUGUGACGGCGUGUUGUGUUGUUUCGUUAUGUGGGUUGAACACGUAGCAUGCUAUCUUGGACAGAAUUUUGGCGUUUGGCGGUGCUGGGGCGUAAGGGCCCCGGGGCCCAUGCAGACCUGGGUGUCGUAACGUUGAUGUUCGUGCGUGUUGGACUGUUGGUGACGGUGAAGGGGACUUCCAAUGUGGUGUACCGUCAGUCGAUACGUAAGAUACAGUUGUGCCUCCGACCAAUCCUUCUCACCUGUUCACGCCUGACGCUAGCUUACCGUAUUGCACGAGUGAGGCGGGCGAGGUACUUUGAAGGUACUGCUGAUUGCCGUGUGCGCGAUGCUGCAAGCUUAAUGUUGCUGAUGGGCUUGGAUGUAACACCACCUAGCU